AUGGUCCAACUCGCGGCAUUGGGCGCGGCCCUCUGUGCAGGCCUUGUCUCAGCUGGCGCGUACCCCCCUGAUGUGGUCGACGAACUGGCCGAAUCCAGCAUGCCAAAGCUGAAGGACUGGCUUGCCAAGAACCCGCAGCCCGGUUGCACCUACGAGACGGCAGCCAAGCGGACAGAAUGGAGUGACCUUAGUCUCGAUGAACGCAAGCAGUACACCAAUGCUGUGCUCUGCCUGCAGUCGAAGCCCGCCCUGAUGAGCUCCCAGGCGCCAGGGGCAAAGAGCAGGUUUGACGAUUACGUCGUCGUCCAUAUCCAGCAAACCCCGAGGAACCAUGGCUCGUACUGGAACUGGGACCGCUACGCCAAAGACCCUGCCAGCUCGCCCCUCUUCGACGGCAGCGAGGGUAGCAUGGGCGGCAACGGCGCCAAGGUGGCCCACCAAGGCAUCCCCAUCCCCGGCGCGCCGCGUCCCUACGACAUGAUCCCGCCGGGAGACGGUGGCGGCUGCGUUACGACAGGCCCGUUCAAGAACAUGACGGUCAACCUGGGCCCAAUCGCCCCAACGCUCCAACAAAUCCCGCGCAACCCGCGCGUCGACGGACUGGGGUCCAACCCGCGCUGCCUGCGGCGCGACAUCAACAAGCACGCGGCGGCCGUCACAAUGGCAAACUACACCCACUCCCUCAUCAGGUCCAACAGCGAUGUGUACUGGUUCCAGACCGUCAUGGAGGGCCAAUUCCCGCAGGGCAAAUGGGGUGUGCAUGCCGGCGGGCACUACACGGUGUCGGGCGACCCGGCGGGCGACUUCUAUGUCAGCCCCGGGGAUCCGGUGUUUUGGCUGCACCAUGCCAUGAUUGAUCGUGUAUGGUGGAUCUGGCAGCUGCAGGACUUGGAAAGGAGGCUGGCGCAGGUUAGUAUGACGAGGACGAUGAAUAACUUUCCGCCGAGCGCCAAUGGGACGCUGGAUGAUUUGAGUGGGCUCGGGGUGUUGGCGCCAGAUGUUAAGGUGAGGGAGUUGAUGAAUACGAUGGGGGGAUUGGAAGGCAAGUUCUGUUAUGUUUAUGAAUGAGAGGAAUAGGUUGAGGAGGGUUGGAAGAGGAGCGAGAUGGGUUGUGCAUGAAAGUGGAGGUAUUUUCUUGGCCCAUCAGAUGUUGUCUUUGUUUGCUGGGUUCCUGUGUCUCCUUUAGAUUCGAGUCGUUCGCCCUCAGACUAGUCAUCAAAAAC